CGGGGCCAAGAGUUUGGUGCGGCCGGAGUGGGGUGUCGGCGCCUCAUUCGGGCGGAGCCUCGGCCGGAGACAGGCAGUCGUGAGAGGCUUCAAGACAAAAAUGUUUCACUUAAGGACUUGUGCGGCUAAGUUGAGGCCGUUGACGGUUUUGCAGACUGUUAAGACAUUUUCACACAACAGACCAGCAGUAGCUAGGACUUGUCAACAAAUUCGGUGCUAUACUGCACCGGUCGCUGCUGAACCCUUCUUGAGUGGGACUAGUUCGAACUAUGUGGAGGAAAUGUACUAUGCUUGGUUGGAAAACCCCAAAAGUGUACAUAAGUCAUGGGACAUAUUUUUUCGCAAUACCAAUGCCGGAGCCCCCCCGGGCACUGCUUACCAAAGCCCCCUUCCCCUGAGCCGAGGCUCCCUGUCUACCGCUGCCCGCGCACAGUCCCUGGUGGACGCCCAGCCCAGUGUCGACAAGCUCGUGGAAGACCACUUGGCCGUGCAGUCUCUCAUCAGGGCUUAUCAGAUACGAGGGCACCAUGUAGCACAGCUGGACCCCCUGGGAAUUUUGGAUGCUGAUCUGGACUCCUCCGUGCCAGCUGAUAUUAUCUCAUCCACAGACAAACUUGAUCUUGCAGUUUUCCAGGAACGACUUCGAAUGCUAACAGUAGGAGGGUUUUAUGGACUGGAUGAAUCUGACCUUGACAAAGUCUUCCAGCUGCCCACCACGACUUUCAUUGGGGGAAAGGAAUCUGCUCUUCCACUUCGGGAGAUCAUCCGUCGGCUGGAGAUGGCCUAUUGCCAGCACAUUGGUGUGGAGUUCAUGUUCAUCAAUGACCUGGAGCAGUGCCAGUGGAUCAGGCAGAAAUUCGAGACACCAGGAGUCAUGCAGUUCACCAACGAGGAGAAGCGGACCCUGCUGGCAAGGCUUGUGCGCUCCACCAGGUUCGAGGAGUUCCUUCAGCGGAAGUGGUCCUCUGAGAAGCGCUUUGGGCUGGAGGGCUGCGAGGUGCUGAUCCCUGCCCUGAAGACCAUCAUCGACAAGUCGAGUGAGAAUGGAGUGGAUUAUGUGAUCAUGGGGAUGCCACACAGAGGGCGACUGAACGUGCUUGCGAACGUCAUCAGGAAGGAGCUGGAGCAGAUUUUCUGUCAGUUUGAUUCAAAGUUGGAAGCAGCUGACGAGGGUUCUGGGGAUGUGAAGUAUCACCUGGGCAUGUACCACCGGAGGAUUAACCGUGUGACCGACAGGAACAUCACCCUGUCCCUGGUGGCAAACCCAUCCCAUCUUGAGGCUGCAGACCCCGUGGUCAUGGGCAAGACCAAAGCCGAGCAGUUCUACUGUGGGGACACUGAGGGAAAAAAGGUCAUGUCCAUCCUUUUGCACGGAGAUGCUGCCUUUGCUGGACAGGGCAUUGUGUAUGAGACCUUCCACCUGAGCGACCUGCCGUCCUACACGACCCACGGCACGGUGCAUGUGGUCGUCAACAACCAGAUCGGCUUCACUACAGACCCCCGCAUGGCCCGGUCCUCGCCAUACCCCACCGAUGUGGCCCGCGUUGUCAAUGCCCCCAUCUUCCACGUGAACUCGGACGACCCCGAAGCUGUGAUGUACGUGUGCCAGGUGGCGGCUGAGUGGAGGAGCACCUUCCACAAGGACGUGGUGGUCGACUUGGUGUGCUACCGGCGCAACGGCCACAAUGAGAUGGACGAGCCCAUGUUCACGCAGCCGCUCAUGUACAAACAGAUCCGCAAGCAAAAGCCCGUGCUGCAGAAGUACGCGGAGCUGCUCGUGUCGCAGGGCGUGGUCAACCAGCCGGAGUAUGAGGAGGAGAUCUCCAAGUACGAUAAAAUCUGCGAGGAGGCGUUUGCCAGAUCCAAAGACGAGAAGAUCUUGCACAUCAAGCACUGGCUGGACUCUCCCUGGCCUGGCUUCUUCACUCUGGACGGGCAGCCUCGGAGCAUGACCUGCCCCUCCACGGGCCUGACGGAGGACAUUCUGACGCACAUAGGGAACGUUGCCAGCUCGGUGCCCGUGGAGAACUUCACCAUUCAUGGAGGGCUCCAGCGCAUCCUGAAAACCCGUGGCGAGCUGGUGAAGAACCGGACAGUGGACUGGGCCCUGGCCGAGUACAUGGCCUUCGGCUCACUGCUGAAGGAGGGGAUCCACAUCCGGCUCAGUGGCCAGGACGUCGAGCGGGGCACCUUCAGCCACCGCCACCAUGUGCUCCAUGACCAAAAUGUCGACAAGAGAACCUGCAUCCCUAUGAACCACCUCUGGCCCAGUCAGGCUCCCUACACUGUCUGCAACAGCUCCCUGUCCGAGUACGGGGUCCUGGGCUUUGAGCUGGGUUUUGCCAUGGCCAGCCCCAAUGCCCUGGUCCUCUGGGAGGCCCAGUUUGGUGACUUCCACAACACGGCCCAGUGCAUCAUCGAUCAGUUCAUCUGCCCAGGACAAGCCAAAUGGGUGCGGCAAAACGGCAUCGUGCUGCUGCUGCCCCAUGGCAUGGAGGGCAUGGGCCCAGAACAUUCCUCAGCCAGACCGGAGAGGUUCCUGCAGAUGUGUAAUGAUGACCCAGACGUCCUGCCGGACCUCGAGGAAGCCAACUUCGACAUCAAUCAGCUGUAUGACUGCAACUGGGUCGUUGUCAACUGCUCCUCCCCCGGCAACUUCUUCCAUGUGCUGCGACGCCAGAUCCUCCUGCCCUUCCGGAAGCCGUUGAUCAUCUUCACUCCAAAAUCCCUGCUGCGCCACCCUGAAGCCAGAACCAGCUUCGACGAAAUGCUUGCAGGUACCCACUUCCAGAGGGUGAUCCCAGAAAACGGCCUUGCAGUGCAGAACCCAGAGAAGGUCAGGAGGCUUCUCUUCUGUACUGGAAAGGUGUACUAUGACCUCACCCGGGAGCGCAAGGCCCGCGGCAUGGAGGAGGAGGUGGCCAUUGCCAGGAUCGAGCAGCUGUCGCCAUUCCCCUUUGACCUCCUGCUGAAGGAAGUGCAGAAGUACCCCGGUGCCGAGCUGGCCUGGUGCCAGGAGGAGCACAAGAACCAGGGCUACUACGACUACGUGAAGCCCCGGCUCCGCACGACCAUCAGCCGCGCCAAGCCCGUGUGGUACGCCGGCCGCGACCCGGCUGCUGCCCCCGCCACCGGCAACAAGAAGACCCACCUGACGGAGCUGCAGCGCCUCCUGGACACGGCCUUCAACCUGGACUCCUUCAAGAACUUCUCCUGAGGCGGCCGAGCCGCCCCAUUCCACCCACGGCUGCCCCGCACUCCCCGACUAAAGCAGAGUGCCUCAGCGCCGCCGCCACCCUCCUCACUCCCGCACACUCCGCCUGCCGCUCUCCUAGCUCCUGCCUUGUCAUCUCCCCUUGAGGGCUGGGCUCUCCCCCCAAGCCAGGGCCCCCCGGGCUGUGCUGACCCGUCCCACCAUGAGCCUUGGGGAGCUGGGAGGAGAGGGAGCAUGUGGCCGGCUGCCCCCCAGGAGGUCUGCUCGUGUCCCGGCCCUCCCUGCUGAGCCUCAACCCCAGGGCAGGGAAGAGGUCUGUGUGGCUUCACCUGGCCCUGGCGGGCUUGCCCCCUAGCCUGGGAGGGGGCUUCUGUGCCUGGGACUAAGGACCAAGCCUUAGAAGCAAUGGAGUUGGAAAAGAUCCUGGAUCAGGUCUUCCACAGCCUUCAGGGGCGCGUAGGGGGGCCGGGCUCUGGCCGGGGCCCACCGCUGACGAGGCUGAGGACAAUGCAAGAGGGCAGCUGGCUGGACGGCAGCUUUACUGGCCCAGCCCAGAGGGAGGACAGGGUCACUUUAAGACCAACCAGAGUCCAAAAGGGGGCCCUGUCUUGCCUUGGCGUCCCCUCUGGGCCCCUUGCCCGUCUCCCUGUGUGGGAGUGGGGCAUGCUCCACCCCCCUGGGUGCCAGGGAAGGACCUCGAGCCCAGGCCGCAGGCAGCUGCUCCAGGUCACGGGCUGCUGGAGGGCCUGGUUUUGUGGCCUGCUUACCCCCUCACCCCUCCCUCCUUCACCUCCCCCUUCUCUUUCCUCUCCCCUCCCUUCUUCACCUCCCCCUCCCCCAUGCUCUUCCUCUCUGCCCCACCCCAAACUUCCCUUUUUUCCUUUUAACAAAAUGGAGACUUUGAUGCAUUAUUUCCUUUGCUGUGCCAAAGCCGGUCAGAGGGGGAGAGAAGGGGCCGGGGAGGGAGGGGCAGGGGCAUGGCCGAGUGGCCAGCCGCCCUUCAUCACCAUCACUUUGACUCUCUUCAUAGUGACAGAUCUGAUUUAUUUAUUUUGGUUAAAAAAAAAAAACAAAAAUAACUUUUCAUUGUAUUUGGCUUGACCCAUAAAAUAAGUUAUCCUGGG